ACUGCAUUUCUUCACAAGAUUUCAGGGUUUUGCAAUGGCAACAUUGUUGUUUGGUGGCAGGUGAAAAUAAAAACAGUAAAAGAAGCAAGGAUGAAUGGUGUGCAGAGCGUUUACACAGACAGUAACUCUCUGCUCAAAGCAGUCUAUCUGGGCCGUCUCCGCCUCACACGCCUCCUCCUAGAGGGUGGGGCUUACAUAAAUGAGAGCAAUGAGCAUGGGGAGACACCCCUGAUGAUUGCCUGUAAAAGCAAAUACUCUGACACCCAGGGGGUUCCAAAGGCAAAGAUGGUGGGAUAUCUUCUGGAGAGUGGUGCUGAUCCAAACAUGCAGGACAAAAGUGGCAAGACUGCACUGAUGCAUGCCUGCCUAGAGCAAGCAGGACCUGAGGUGAUAUCCCUACUCCUGGAUAAUGGGGCUGAUCCCUGUCUGGAGGACCACAUAGGCUCAUCUGCUCUGAUCCAUGCCAUUAAUUCCAGUGAUGAGGAAACAUUGAAGCUGCUAAUGGAUGCUUUCAAGGCCAAAGGUAAAGAGGUCAUCAUCAUUACCACAGACAGACUUGUUUGUGGAAGGCAGAUGGUCAAACAGUAUCUUAAAGUUCCUUCACUGCCAGAACUAGACCAGUGGGAUAAGUUGGAUUCCUCCUCGAUGCCCUGUGCUUCUCCUUCUGAGAUUCACCUCAGCACAUCUCCCCAGGAGACACAUUCCUCCAGCCUCCAGUUUUCUUUCCAGGACCUACAGACCACGGCCAACUCUCAGACAACCCCUUCUCAGCAGCCCCCUUUAGUCAAUAAGAUACUGAACAAGGUCCACCAUCUGCAAAGACUACACUCAGAACCAUGGCUGAAGAUCCCUCAAUCCUUUCUAUCACAACAACAAGCCAAAGGUAACUCUCAAAUGGAAGAACUGCCUGAUAUAACACCUGAGGAAGAACUUGCUUUUAGCAUUGACAGACGACUGGCUUUUGACCCUCUUUCAUGUCAGGUCAGUACUGGUCUCAAAGAAACAACAAGCUUGAGCCAGUCUCAGCAUCAAGAAAACAACACAAGUAACCAUGGACAUUUAAGACCAGAGGGAGCACUGCCUCACAACAUAUCCUUUAAUGGUUUAUCUUCACUAUACUCUCUCUCCCACCCAGAUCUUCACUCCAAAAGCAGUGAAUCCUUAACAUCAGAGAAUGACUCAAAGUUUUUCCCUAACAUGGCAGUGUCCAGUCUCAUCAACAUCAUCCAGCAUCGAAAGCUUGGAAUGGAUCAUUACAGUUCUGAUUCACAGCUUUCAGUCUCAGGGAACUCCCCAGCAGAAGGUAAAAAACAACUUGACAAUAGGCAACUACUGACUUCGCGGUCAUCCACUUUGAUAAGCUCACAAGAGUCCACUGAGAGCACUUUACUAGGAAAUGUACACAAGAGGCAUCCAAGCAACCUAGAGAGGAGGGGAUCAGGGGCUCUUCUUGCAGAUCUACCUUUAAACCCUCGGCCAGGCUUUCUACCACCACUGAAUCAUAACACCUUAAUCCCACAAAUUACUGGAGCAAGCAGUUCUAGUGCUGUCUGCUCCAGCAACAAGCCAACAUGUGGUUUAGUGACAGGGAUAAGACAGUAUCUCCCUUCAGCUCCUGCUGGCUUGCCAAAGGAUCUCAAGACCAGAAGAAUGCUGAUGAGAAGGCACUCCAUGCAGCCUGAACAAACCAAACAGCUAGGUAACUUUAAGGGGAUCUUUGGCUAA